UUUGGAGGGCAGAGGAGCCGCUCUCUGAUGUUAUGUCCUCUCAGUGCCUGUAGUGGUGCUGUAGGAGGCUGCUGGCUCUCUUCUUGAGCAGCCCCAGCGCCCUGCCUUCUUUGCUGGAGAAUAUAUUCAGGGAUUCCCCUUAAUAAUCACCUACCCUCUGAGCACUUUGUAGUUUUAAAAUAAUAAAGAGCCCCCAAAGCUUCCUCCUCACAAAAAGCAGGAUCUUCUCAGAGCCAGGGGGGCAGCAGCUCCUCAGCACAGAGCCCGAGCCCAUUCCCAGUCCCUCUGCUGGGGAGGAAACUCUGAUCUGUCAGCCCAACAGAGGGAAAGGGGGGAGAGGAGAGAGAGGAGAAAAAAAAAGCAGCUGGAAAGGGAAAAGAACGUCUGGUAGUUGUGAAGUGAGUCCACUGGAAAACCCACCAACGCGCUUCACCCCGCACAGACAAUCUGCUUCAUCUUGAUUCAUCAUCAUUCCAGGAUAGUGGUGUCCUUGGGGCUCUCUCUUAACAUUGAUAUGGUACAGAAGAUUUAAAAUCAGCUGAUGUUCACAAGGAAUAGAGUCACGUGAUGUAUGAAGGCAAACACAUACACUUCUCUGAGGUUGACAAUAAGCCCUUGUGCUCAUAUAGCCCCAAACUGUGCAAGCAGAGGCGACUUAACGGCUACGCCUUCUGUAUCAGACACGUUCUGGAGGACAAGACUGCCCCCUUCAAGCAAUGUGAAUAUGUGGCCAAGUAUAACAGCCAACGCUGCACCAACCCCAUCCCCAAAUCUGAGGACCGUAGGUACUGCAACAGCCACCUGCAGGUACUUGGCUUUAUACCGAAAAAGGAGAGGAAGAAAAAGAAUGAUCCCAUAGAGGAGGUCAAGGUCAGGCAUCAGAUGGAUGCUAUGGCCUUCAGUCUGACAGUGCCCACCCUGGCCUUGAAGAUGCCCAAUGGACUUGAUGGGAUGUCCCUCUCCCCUCCAGGGGCUAGGCUUCCUCUCCACUACCUGGAAGCGGAAUUAGAAGACCCCUUUGCUUUCAACGAGGAGGAUGAUGACCUAAAGAAAGGGGCAACAGUGAGGAAAAAGUUGCAGAGCAAGUUGGCUCAAAACCGGCAGCGCCAGAGAGAGACAGAGAUUUUAAAAGUUCGCCAAGAGCACUUUAGCCCCCUUCCUGCACCUUUGCAGCAGCAGCCUCUGCAGCAGCAGCACUCCCAUCUGCCACCUUCAUCAGCUUCGUUAAAGCCGACAGGGCUACCGCAGGGCGUAGUCUGCAAGUCACCUCAACCUCCGAACACCAGCCUACCAAUGCAGGGAGUGGCACCCACCACACACACUAUAGCACAAGCCCGGCAGUUGUCUAACAAGAGACCUCUGCCUCUCCUGCCACCCACUAGGGCUCCUGUCACAGACCCUCCAAGGACUGAUCGGGUCCUCAUGAAAGCCACAGCCUUCUCUCCGCACUUGUCCUGCAUGAGCCGGCUACAGAGACUGGUGAAACUGUGCACUCGAAAACAGCAGCUGGACACUGAUCUGUUUCCACAUUUAGGGCUGGAUUGGUCUGAAGACAGUGGAGAAGAGUUGGAGGAUUCAGAGCAAACCUCCCCUUACCAGGUUGCGUGGUCUAUCCGAGAAACCCUCGGCUAUGAGAGACAUGAGUCCGAUGAUGACAAUGCAGAUGACAGGAGUUCCAGGGUGACCAGACUUUGCACUUACUUUCAGCAGAAAUACAAGCACCUCUGCCGCCUGGAGCGGGCAGAAUCUCGUCAGAAGAAAUGCCGGCAUACACUCCGGAAAGCCUUGCUGCAGGCGGCCAGCAGAGAGCCGGAGCGUGCUGGGCAACUGAUACAAGAACUCCGAAGAGCUACAUGUGCUCGUACCAGCACAAGCCAAGCGAGGCAGAGAGAUGCAGAACCAACAACCUGUAGUGGGACUUCGAAGGGAGAACAGUGCACUAACAAGGCCCUUCCAUUCACCAGGCAUUGUUUUCAGCAUAUCUUAUUGAAUCGUUCUCAGCAGCUCUUCUCAAGUUGCACAGCCAAGUUUGCGGAUGGACAACAGUGCUCUGUGCCAGUUUUUGACAUUACACAUCAGACACCUCUGUGCGAAGAACAUGCCAAAAAAAUGGACAAUUUCUUGAGAGGGGACAGCUCCCGUAAAGUUCAGCACCAGCAGCAGAGGAAACCCAGGAAAAAAACGAAGCCACCUGCACUUACCAAAAAACACAAGAAGAAGAGAAGGCGAGGCCCACGCCGGCCCCAGAAACCCAUUCCUCCUGCAGUGCCCCAAGGGAACCUCACCAUGCCUGCCAGUGUCUCACUGCCAGUAGAGAUGCCCCACAUACGGAGCCCCUCCACACCAGAGCUGAGUGCCGAUGAGCUGCCUGAUGAUAUCGCCAACGAAAUCACAGACAUUCCACAUGACUUGGAAUUGAAUCAGGAGGACUUCUCUGAUGUUCUGCCGCGGCUGCCCGAUGACUUGCAAGAUUUUGAUUUCUUUGAAGGUAAAAAUGGAGAUCUCCUUCCGACUACAGAAGAGGCUGAAGAACUGGAACGGGCCCUACAGGCUGUAACUUCUCUUGAGUGCCUGAGUACCAUUGGAGUACUUACACAGACAGAUGGUGUGCCAGUUCAGGAGCUGUCAGAUAGAGGGAUAGGGGUGUUCUCUACAGGUGCUGGAGCUCCAGGAAUGCAGUCCUUGAGUCGAGAGGUUAACACGGAUCUGGGGGAGCUGUUGAAUGGGCGUAUAGUACAUGAUAAUUUCUCCGGUCUGGAGCUGGAUGAGAACUUGCUCCGUUCUGCUACCUUGUCCAACCCACCUACGCCCCUGGCAGGGCAGAUCCAGGGGCAAUUCUCAGCCCCAGCCAACGUCGGCCUUACUUCUGCCACUCUGAUAAGCCAGAGUGGCCUUGGGGAGAGAGCCUUCCCAGGACAGUUUCAUGGACUUCAUGAUGGCAGCCAUGCCUCCCAGAGGCCCCACCCUGCCCAGCUGCUGAGCAAGGCAGAUGACCUGAUCACCUCACGACAGCAAUACAGCAGUGACCAUUCACACUCCUCACCCCAUGGAAGCCAUUAUGAUAGUGAGCAUGUGCCGUCUCCCUACAGUGACCAUAUCACAUCCCCUCACACCACAUCCUUUUCUGGUGAUAAUUUGGCAGCUACCUUCUCAGCAGAGAUGCCCAUGAUGGCACAGCACUUGCUCCCAACUCAGCUGGAUGUGCCACUUAGUGGGGUGGUCAACCCCAGAACUCACUGGGGAAAUCUUCCUGUCAAUCUUGGGGACCCCUCUCCGUUUAGCAACCUUCUUGGUGCAGAUGGACACCUCCUGUCCACCUCCCUGUCCACACCACCUACCACCUCGCACUCAGAGACCACACAGCCUGCCUUCGCCACUGUGACCCCCAACAGCUCCAGUGUGCUUCCGGGGUUACCGCAGACCAGUUUUAGUGGCAUGGGUCCUGCCUCCGCUGAACUCAUGGCCUCCACCUCCCCUAAACAACAGCUCCCUCAGUUCAGCGCAGCCUUCGGGCACCAGCUGAGCUCCCACAGUGGCAUCCCCAAGGACCUGCAGCCCAGCCACAGCUCCAUAGCUCCUCCCACGGGCUUCGCAGUGACCGGUGCCACCGCUACCAGUACCAAUAACGCAUCCGCGCCCUUCACCACCUCCAGCUGAGCUUGUCUGCCUGGCUCUGUGCAGAUACUUCUCCAAUGUAAGUAAUGCCAACCAUAAGUCUUCUGUGAUCCUGAGCGAAUCUGACUGUAAAACGAAAAGGAAGAGAGAUUCCUGCAGUUCAUAACAUACAUUUUGGAUGCUAAAACGACAGUGCAAUAGAUCAAAGUAUUUCUCAGAUCAGUGAGUAAGAUGAUGUUUCACAGCACGCUAAUAUGUCAUUAACUAGAUGCUGAGGGUACGACAUUGAUCAUGGGAGUGCACACGCUAGCAGUGAAUGUGCAGAUGUUUUUAGCAAGACUUUACCUUCUCACAGGUGGUUCUUUUGAGAAGUGCGUCAGUAGAAAGUCACAAAGAAAAAAUUAAAUUAUUCUUUUUAAUGCCUGCAAGCCCAAAUACAAGUAAGUUGGUGGAAAAAUGUACAUUUGUGUUUACUAAACUUAAACUUGGACUUUAGGAGGGGUCUGCUCAUGAGAGACCUUAGCGCUAUCAGGUGAAGUUUUGGUUUUGUUUUUAAAACUAGAGAAAAACACUGUUGUUGGGAAAGAAAUGUUUGGUGGAGGGGAAAGAGUUACAAAAUCUAUGUCUUAGAACAAAUUUCUCACUCAUGUCUUCAGCCUCUUUUUAAAAAAAACAACAGUGACUGUUUUGGGAGCUUUUCCCUUUGCUGUUUUGCUACUUCUCAUGAUUAUUGGGUUCUUUGCUUUCCCCCGUUUUAUUCUGCUUUCACAUACUCCUCCUCUGGCUACCGUGGAAUAAUGUAACAUAGUGGAAGCAUGAAAGGAGAAAGUGAGCUUGGCCAUAGAUUGACAGCAAUAGUUGGAGAAGACUUUCUGUCUCCUUGAAGUAAGUGUCGGUACCUCUUCAGUCUGGCUCAUAGAGUUUGGUUUGGAAGCCAACAGGGUGAAACUUGGGCUUUUGACCUUAAAACUCUAUUUGCUUAAUGUAGAAAAAUGCAUUCUUCCUACUCGUCCCCUUGCUAGUCCCCCAAACACACACACAGUGAGAUGUCCGGAGUACCCGUGUAUCGACCACAUACGCCUGUUGAACUUGGUCAGCAAUGCUAAUGUUUUACCUGCUUUCUGUCAUUGUCACCUGGUGCCCACGGAGGUGAACUCUGGAUAGGUAGCGUUCCCAGAUAUCCUCUGGAAAACUUUAACUUUGGUGCAGAUUCCUCUGAUGUAGCUAACUGCGAUGGCGUUGGCUUCUACCUUGGAGUGGACUGAUUUACCCUGAAAUGACUCUCUAACCUGCGUCUUAAACAGUGUAGUUGGUUCCGGUGCAAAUAGAUUCAUUCUGAAGUGAUGGACAGUUCAAUUCUCAUGCAAAAUAGCUACAUCCUACCAGAAGGGGUUGAACCAGUUUCUCUGAACAGUGAUGACCUUCACCGUUCAGUUUUGGGUAUGUCUCAGGGAUUCCUUGCGGAAAUAAGGGCAGUUAACAAAAAAAAAAACCUUUAAAUAGUUUUAAAAGUAAAUAAUAAUUUAAGGUAGAGCGUCACCUAAGUGAGAGCGCAAGAAGGAGAAAUCUUUGUUCGGUUUUGUAGUCCACAGUGUCUGGCUUAGGGACUCUUUCUCUUCUCGGGGCUCUCAUCUCAAGUUCAACGUACAGAAUCUUUUUCAUCACGCUCAGCUUUAAACUUUUUAUUUAAAGAUUCCCUUCCCCAAUGAGCUUUCAGAAUACUUAUUGUAGAUUUUAAGAGAAAUGGUAUAUUAAUUUAUGCUAUUAACAUCACCUCAUAAAUUAUAAGUUUUAUACUAAAGCUGUAUUGAGUGUAAUGAAUUAUGUUGCAUAUGUGUUUUUAAUAGCUAUAAAAUUAUAUACAAGCUUUUUUGGAAAAACAAACUAGUGAAGCACCUUUUUACACUGGAUCUUUGCCGUGUCAAGGUGUACAGCUAUUCUUUGCUACCUUGCAGAUAUCUAUAUCUAUAUAUAGAUAUAUAUAUAUAAAUAAAAUAAAAUGGUAUCCUGUAUCAACAAAGCAUAGAACUCUUUUUAACCCUUAUAUUACUGUUCCUAUAACUCUUUUUAAAUUUUAUUUUGAGUGUUACAUUCUGCAAUAAUUUAUCCGUGGUUUGUACCUAUGAUUAGAAAUUUAGUUACAGGGUAAAUAGAUCAAAUUAAAAAAUCCAACUACUGUAGCUGGAAGUUGUGAACCGAGUUUGUAAGACCUUUUCUUUUUUUUUAAAUGUAUUUAUUUCCAGUUAGCUCUGUGAGUUGGAAUUUGAAAAGUCAGAACAUUAGGAAUCUACAGUGUCUUAUUCAGGAAUUUUUCCCCUCCUUUCCUCACAAAGGAAUUCCCACUGUGACUUAUAAAUAGGAUUAGACUGCUUGUGUGCAUGUAUGUAUUAUAUAUACACACAAAAAAUAUGCAUUGGGGGGGAUGUAUGUGCGAUACGAAUGUGUAUAUUGUAUGUAGGUCAUAGUUUUGUAAAGAGAAAAGUAGUCGAGAGGUGAUGGAAUGUAUUGUAGAAAUGUGAUUAUUUAGUAGGGGGUUGUUAUGUCCUCACUGUUGUAUAAAUAACCAAAACUCUCUACUACGUAAUCUUCUGUUAUAAGGCUAACUCUGAUAUCAUGUCAAUUUUACUGUUUUUUAAAUGAGUUGCAUUGAGCCCUGUUUAAAAUGCCAUGAAAAUACCAAGCUCCCAAAGACAGCCUUUAAAUAAAACAAAUGGGGGAGGAGGAGAUAUGGGAGAAACGAAUGAUGUUUUUCAGGAGAAAUUGAAAUGGGAAGGUUUGCAUUUGGUGGGAUGGGGAGGCAUGGGAAUUGCUGUAUCUUUGCAAAUUGAUACCCGAAUCUCCUAUGCUCUGACUUGGAAAAUGUUGUCAGUCGGUGUACUUGCGUUUUCUAAUUAGGUUGUAAGGGGCGCUGUUUGUGGAGUGAUCUCCAUUCUGUAAAAGGAUCUUGUCUUCAAAGUAGCUUCUUUUCUUUCCUGAGUGUCUUCGUGUAUUUUAAUUUUGACCCAGAAUUGCUGGUGUGGGAUUGCAGAACAAAAUACCCUUUCAAUCCAGGGAGUUUCACAUGUGCUGUGAAAUUCUGAAUUUAAUUAUGGCCACUUAACUUUUUUUUCAUAGUUGGAGAAGGAAGAUUUCUUUAUGGGAGUUCUCACUUGAAAUUGUGAGAAGUCAGAAACAUUCUUACAGAUUGGCUUGCUCUUCAUACUGCUCUAUUUAGGCUGGAGAAAGUAACCUACUUGUUAUUUAUUCAUACAGUAUCAUGUUUAAUGAUGAUGAUCCUGGUGACUUUAAAAAUCUGUUUAGAAAAACAAAGCUUGCAGUAUUGUACAGACAUUUGAAUUUUUGAAGGCUUUUUUAAAGCAGUUGCAAAACAAAUCUUAAUUUUUUUAUUUAUUUUUUUUUAAUAUCCCCCCUCCCUAUCAGUAUGUUGAUGCCCUCCAGUCAUCCCUCCUCCUUUCCCUCUCCCCGCAAUUUGUUUCUGGCACAUAUGCAUACAAGUGACAAGGCAGGGAGGUGGAAGUUGUCAGAGGCCUUUCCUUCUGCUUAGUUGGUGUUAAUGGGACUUAGCAGCAUAAAUCUUUAUGCCUUUUGGGGAAGAAUAGACCCGUUUUUGUGUAUACCUGUACAGAGAGAUAUAUCUGUAUAUGAGAUGUUGGUAGCACUUUGCUGAAUGUGGACUUGCCCUCAUGAUAUACAAUAAAUAUGUAUGAAUGCAAUCAAUCUAAAUCUAUAUGUACAUGCAUACAGAUGUAUAGAUGGAAUAUACGUUGUAUCACACACAUGUAUGUUAGUUGUAACAUGAGUAAGUGUGUGAGCUGAAGAGAGAGACUAUCCACGUAACAUAUGUGUAACAGGUAAGCACUUGUGCCAAACAAGGUUGUUUUAAUUCUUCUGAGGGAUUUGGAUGACAUCAGUGCCUGAUCAGAGCUUGGUCACCAUUGAUUUGUGUUACCUCAGCCCUUCCGGUAGAGAUCCCUUGGUACACUUCUGCCUUUGUUUAUUCUGUAUUAAUACUCGUUGAGGCCUCUUGCAAUGCCGACCUCUUCUGCUUCUCUGCUCCAUUGCCUCCAUUCCAGCUCCUCCUUGUCCCCACAUCUCUACAGUUUCUCUUGCUAGCAGCAGUCAGCUUUAAUGGCCCAAUCCAGCUCUGCUCAUGCAUUAGGGAAAUUCUCUUGGUGACUGUAGUGGCAGCUGAACUGGGCCCUGAGCUCUCGCUUGAACUUCUGCAGAAUUUCCCAGCUAUUCAGUUGUGCUUGAGUAGGACUGCAGCUGAUUUGCCGAUGAACACAAACUUUUCUUAGAACCUGAUGCAAAGCUUCCUAGCAUAUUAAAAGGUUAACCCAGCGUCGUAUUUUGGAGGUAAAUGUUCAAAAUGAGAGAAACGAACCCACCAAAAAUUAUCUUCAAUUUUCAGCCCCAGGGAGAAAAAGAGAGUUUGGUUUGUGUUUCCUGUAAUGCAGGCACUAAGCAGAAGGCAGCCCUGUGCUCUGUUCUGAGCAGUGAGGCUGUCAUCAAACAUAUAAAGAGAAACACAGCUCAUUACAUUUCACCAUUAAACAGAUUUUAAAAUGAGCUGCAGAGUUGACCAUUAACAUGCUAGCACUUUGCAUCUAAUUUUGUAUUGGAUGAUUUUGCUUAUGCAAGUAAAUUGUGGGUUUAAGUAUUUUAUUUCCUGUUUUCUGGCUAAAUGGAGUUUCUAUAUCCUUUUAGCAGAAAGCAGCUGUCAGAAACCUGCUCAGUCACAUUUAAGCACUGUUGAAACUCCUGGCUAACUUAGGCUUCAGUUUCAGUGGAGAAUGCUGCUCCAAUUCUGUCAUCGAGCCUUACUGCAUUCCACGUUUUCAAUAUGGAUAUGGCAUGAUUUUUCUUGGCCACGAUUCAGCCAUGGAAUUUUGUCUUCCUUGCAUUUCUAUUAGAAAAAGGUAACUGGUGUGCUGUUCCAUCUCAGCUUUCAUGCAAUCAUACGUGACGAUUUCUAUAAUACAUAUGUUCGGGCGUGUGUAUGGGUAUGUCUGUGUACUGUGUGUGUAUAAUACGUAUUUACACACACACAUAUUACACUAUUUCAGUUUAUGUAUGUGGAGAACGUACCUGUUGGUUCUCUCCUGAUAUAUACUCAUGCAUACCUAUAUUAAAUAUGUAUAUAGUGUGUAGAUGUCCUGCAUAUACAUGUGUAUAUGUUAUGAAACUUGGUUGGCAAUUUUUUUUCCCCAGUUUUUGCAAAUUGCUGUCCCUUAUGACAUAUUUUCACUGAAGCUGCAUUAUAUAGAAGGAACGGAGAAAUGUGUUAUCAAAGUUUUAUUUUAAAUAGGAGACUCUUACUUAUCUAAAGCCAUUUGUAAUUGUCUUUUAAAUUUUUACUAGAAGGGUUGUUAUUUAAAAAAAGAAAAAAAUAAAAGAGAAAAAAAAAGAGAAAACAGAAAACCAAAAGCAAGCAGACAAGCCCUUGCUCUCACUGUCACUUAGGUGGACAUGAGAAAGAAAUGGAAACACAAGUUUCUAAGUAUUUAUUUCCUUCAGGGGUUUCUGAGGCAUACUGUAAUCGCAUUCUGCCCCAUCCCCCCUUUUGUCCAAUUAGAAUUAAUGAUUCAUGGUUUCUUUUACACAGCUUUUUCCCCUCAUUACUUUACUUUCGUAAGUCAUUGUUCGCCUCCUACAUUCAAUAGUCCUGAUAUCACUAAGGAGAUUUCAUGUCCUUCUGUCCUUUUCAGGAGAAAUACCAGUGCAUCACUAUUGUGUUACAUUUUAACAUACUUUGUGGAGGAUGGAUGUUUUUAUUCAAGAUGUCUGUAACAAGUCCUUAACUUAUUUAAUGUGAGAAGCCUUCAUUGGAAUCUAUCGUUUGCUUGUUUCCAACGAGUUUCUGCAACUGUUUUUUCACCAACGUAUUAAGUAGUUCCCUUCUUAUUUGAUGCUGAGGUUUUAGGGUUUGGGUUUAUUGUUGUGGGUUUGGGGUUUUGGGUUUGUUUUUUUUCCCCCCUCCAAUUCCCAAAACUGUUUAUCUGCAAGUGGAACAAAACAGACGUCAGAAUCUCAACCAAUAUCCUUUUUGCAGUUAAGGGUAAAUAUCUUUAUCCUAAAUUUAGUAAAAGAGAAGGUGGCAAAUGGACAAUCUGAAGUGCUUAGAGGGAAUGCUCACUCUUUUUAAGGCUGUCUCAGAGCAGUUUGUGUUUGGUGUCAUUUUAAAGGUAGCUUGAUCACACUUUGAUAUCAGAAACAGCCUUGUAACAAAGAGCCUCGUACAGUUGUUUGGCCACUAGAGUUUAAAAUGUAAACAAGUUGCAGUGGGAAAGCAAAGGUGAGGCAGUGUAUUUUGAACCAGUGAAUUGUAGCUUGCAAAUGUACCUGAUUUUGAAGUAACUGCAUGGUAGCAAGGAUUAGCAGUCUCUUACACCCCUUCCUUCUUCCCUUUCACCCCCGACACAUGUGUCCAGCAUACCGUACAUUGGGAAAAAUAAACAACUUACUCCAGCAAAGCUAAAUCCACUUAAUGACUGCUUAAAGGGAACAUACAAACUUGCAUUGCUGCAAGCCCGUCUCAUGGUAUUAGCUGGAAGACUAGCUAAUACGCACAAAAAGCCUAGUCCAGGUUGCUUCUGCAGAUGUGUCGCUUUCGGAGAGUGCAGUGCAUGGGGAUGCCCGAGAAGAAGGGUCCUUUCCUACAGGGUCCCCGGCAGCGAUAGCAACUCCCACUACUGCUUCUAGUGCUGGAGGCUCACGGACAGCAUUCCAGGGGCGGGUAGGAAAGCUUGCGUUUGUACUUUCCCUUUAAAUAGGAAAGGUUGGCUCACAUGUUCCUCAUACUUCUCAAUGAAUGUACUGUAUUACCAUUUAAAAAAAAAAAAUCAAUGAAAUGAUAAUAGAUUGGUCUCCUUUUGUUAUCUGGUCCUUGUUUAAUUUGUUUAAGGGUUUUUGUAUACAAAAGUUUACAUUUUUAUGUAUAUUUUUCUUGUGUAAAAACUGAUGUAAUAUGUGUAUAAAACACUGUAUGUAUUAUCUGUAUAUAGUGUGACAAAAUGAUUUUCUUUCUUUCUUUUGGAUGUAUUAAUAAAUCUUGCUGUGAAGUAGCCGUGUUUACUAUGAUGAAACCCUCUUCUUCAAGCCAUUUUGCUCAGUCAGAGAUGUAUGAAUAUUGCCCAGGCUGAAAUCUAAUCCAUUAAGUGAUUUGUUCUUUUUUUAAACAUAUCCUAAGUACAGUUAUUAAACUGUCCUUUGCUUAGAUAGCUGUAGAGUCCGAUUCUGCUCUUGCUUAUUCUCUGUUGCUUUCUAAUAACAUUAGCUAAUUAGUUUUGCAAACAAACUGGGGUCUUCAAUCUCAGUACUGCUUCUAAUUAUAGUGCUUUCUAGCUCUGGAUCACUGGCCUGGAGACAGAUCCUCUUCAUCUUGUUUUCUGUUUUGAGUUGCAGAACUGUACUUGAAAUAUAAUUUAAG